AUGCAGAACGACUCGGCCAUGCACUCCAACGACGGCUUCAAGGUCUUCUUGAACAAGAUGAUCCGCCGCAGCAGGAAGGAGGCCAAGAGGGGCAUGGAGAUCUCCGCCCCCUUCAACUUCCAGAAAUGCAACCUCGACAUCGCCGGCAUCAGCGCCGAUGAAAUCGCCAUGCUCAAGGAACAAGCAGUCGCCAGCCGCAUUGGCAUCGCCGACUUCGACUCCGCCGAGUACCCUGCCCGCCCGCUCUUCGCCAUCCAGCCAGUCAUGUCCAGCGCCUCCAUCUCCACCAUGCGCAGCUCCUACAGCAGCUAA